AUGCCGAUCCGAUUGAUUGUUGCGGAGUCUGGGUGUCUGUGCUGCGAAAAAAAGUUCAAGACCUACGGUGGCAUGAUUAUCCAUCUCGAAUGCGGCACCUGCGACAACACUGACUAUAUCGACCUCAACAAGCUGGCUGCCCAAUGCCUUAAGUGGAGCCACUUCAUCUACGAAGACUGCCGCGAGGAACUGCUGUAUGAGGGAGACACGUUGUAUGAUGAAGAUCCAUUCUAUUGCCCGACUUGCGAUACUCCGUUACCGAAGUUGUCUAGCCUGUUCCAACACGUCGAGUCAUCCAAGUGCGAGGAGACAUUGGACAGCCCUACUAUGAAGCAUCUGCGCAACCUUCUGGCCAAAGGACUAUAG